UGACAUAAAAAAGCCAGAGCCCUAUAUAAAAAAGCAAUAACCUCGGAGUCCAGGCGCCCUUGGUUGCUAAUGGUUUUUAGGUGUUGGAGACGUUGUAGGAUGCGAUGUGUGAGCGCCGGUGUUGGUGUUAGAGCGAUCCACUGCUUCUUUACGGUAUCUGUUGUUGCCAUUCUUGGCGUUAAUGAUACUGAACUGAGAAGGGCGUUUUCAGAGAAGGACAUCGUUGUCAUACUUGCUGUUAUACUUAUUUUGACAUUGUCAACGUUUCUCUACUUCAUCACCAGUUUCAUGGAUCCUGGAUAUAUAAAACAGGAAGACGUGGAAAGUGUUGGUUAUAAGGCUUUAGCUCUGGAGAUGGAGAAGACGAAGACAACUGCAAGGAGUGGAUGCUGGAAGCCAGAACUGUGUGAUAUCUGCUUGGUGGUUAAACCAGUGAGAACACGCCACUGUUUGGAUUGUAAUCGAUGUGUACGGCGAUUUGAUCAUCACUGUCCUUGGGUAUAUAACUGUGUGGGUGAACGGAAUCAUCGUUUUUAUUGCUACUUUCUUGUUUCUGAAUUGGCACUCGUAGUAUGGGGAGCAAAAAUUUCCUGGAAUGCAUUUAUUGUGACGACUACUUGGAACGAGUGGUUCAAUGUCAAUCUCCUGUUUGUGUUUUCGUUUUCCAUCACAUUAUUUGGAGGGCUGGGAGUGUUUGCUCUUAUUAUAUGUCACAUAUUACUCAUUACCAGUGGACAGACAACCUGGGAGUUCGUGCGUCAUAACAGAAUCAGCUAUUUGAAGGACUAUGAUGACUAUGACUCUCCUUUCGAUGAGGGAAUGAUAAGAAAUCUAUUUAAAUUUUUCUGUUAUUUUCAACAGCGUGACUGGUUAGUACUUCUACAACGUGCACAUGCUAGGCGAAGACACAACAGAAAGGAACAUGGAGACAGAGUACUUUUGCCUGUAUAGUAAUUUUACACGUUCAUAAUGAACAUUGUAAAUGCAAUGUAAUGUAAGAACUCAUACACAUUGUAUUCUGUUUUACCGAUUGUCUAAUAAUAAAUACUACUUCUAUUAAA